UUCUCUUGGAGAUCCUAACAUGUCUGAUACUGGAGAGGAUACUCUUGUGGGUGAACAUGACUCACAGCAUUUUCCUUCAGUCGGGGAAAGCCAAAGCGACGUCGAAAUUAUUGCUACUACUUCUCUGUCCGCCCCCGCGGGUCCAUCAUCGCAGGCUCUCGUCACCUCUGCGCCUCUCUUCCCUCUUGGUGCUCCGCCACCUCCUCAUGCCCUUGAAGGUCCUGCCAGUGUUUCUCCCAUUGGCAUCCAGCAAUUUCAGCAACCCAGCUUAGUAGCAACACCCGGAUCGGCAUCCCAGCAUGCACAGCAACCGACAGCGCCAACUCAGCAACAGCAGCAAUCGCAGCCGCGUUCUCUCGAGGCCCACAUGGGUGUCACACACACCACGCGCGCAACCAGCCUGAUCCUCGUUUGGAUGGCGGCCUUCUUCAGUUACCGACCGAAAAUGACGAUUUGAAGCAGCUCGCCGAAUCCAUGCACAGCUUGCAGCAAUUGAUUAUUCGUGGUUACACUUUGUCUUCCAACGUAGGUGAGGCGUGGACCACUCCUCGGGAUGAGCCACCAGAGCAAGCAGCGCAGCACAUGAUGUCUCAGUACGAGCGCGAGGCCUACACUACUUGGCGCAAUGGCCGCCGACCUGACGCCCUCAACCUGGAGCAGCAUGUCGUGAGUGCCGACACGUGUGGACGCAGCCAGGCGUCUAUCGACGAUCGCGUUGAGGCCGCCCGCGUUAUCUUCGACAACCCGAAUAUCACAGUGGAGCAUGUUCUCUACAUCGAACGUCACCGAAACUAUCUUCUGCCUCUUAUCACCGCCCAGCAGAGAGUCAGGGCCGCUCAGCGCGCAGCCACAGGGGGUCACAACAAUUAUCCACCACUGCAUCAUCGUGAGUAUCAGCUCAUCCGGCGCGCUCUCACCAUCAGUGGACACGUUCGCACCACCAACAACACACGCAUCAGGAACCUCAAUCGUACAAUCAGCGAAGCCGAGAACGCGCUUAGAAAUAGACUAGCCCAGGUUGCCCCUCCAAAUACCCGUCGCAGCGAAGCCCAUGUUACCAAUCGUAGUCUAGCUCCUAUUCCUACCCCGCUCGAUGUCACUAGAAUUACUUCUGGUGCUCGUUACCAUCGCGAGGUCCGGAAGCGCCCGCGCUCACCGGAGUAGCCGGCGUUCACGGACGUCCUGUUGUCUAAAAGAAAUUGAGUCGCCUUCUGUAGUCAUCAGUUGGUCAGUCGAUAUGUAUCGCUACUCGCCCUUAUCCCCAUGAAUAAACACAUUCCUGCAAAUCGAGAGAUGAUUCAUCAGUGUGUCUCAACUCCGUCUUCAUUCCAACGCGCGCGCUCGGGGAGGUGCGGGUAUUGGGAAAAGAAAAACGAUUGCAAAAAAAAAAGG